GGAGGGAGAGAGUGUGUGUGAGAGAGAGAGAGAGAGAGCACAGGGCCGUGAGAGGGCGCCAUGUCAGACUCUAGGCCUCAGACCUGAAACUCGGGCCGAGCUGAGCCGAGGCCUUCAUCAGGACUCGCCCUCACCGGGACAUCAGAGGCCGGUUUCUGUUGAUUUCCCUCUCGUGCACAGUCCUUGCGUGUUUAAAAUUGUGAAAAGUGCUGAGCACAUUGGGGGAAAAUGGGAGCAUUUCUGGACAAGCCAAAGAUGGAAAAACAUAACGCCCAUGGCGAGGGGAAUGGUUUGCGAUACGCGCUGAGCAGCAUGCAGGGAUGGCGAAUUGAAAUGGAGGAUGCGCAUACAUCAGUCAUUGGCCUACCCCAUGGACUUGAAUCUUGGUCCUUUUUUGCAGUCUAUGACGGACAUGCGGGAUCCCAAGUUGCCAGAUAUUGCUGCGAGCAUUUGUUAGAUCACAUCACCAACAAUCAGGAUUUCAGAGUCCCUGGGGCUGUAGCUGAACCCACCACAGAAGAUGUAAAAAUUGGAAUCCGAACAGGUUUCCUGGAGAUAGAUGAGCACAUGCGAACAAUCUCUGAGAAGAAGCAUGGAUCAGACAGAAGUGGAUCAACUGCAGUCGGCGUCAUGGUUUCACCCAAGCACACUUACUUCAUCAACUGUGGAGACUCUCGAGGCUUGUUGUGCAGGAGUGGGCAGGUUCAUUUCUUCACACAAGAUCACAAACCAAACAAUCCACUGGAGAAAGAGCGCAUCCAGAAUGCUGGUGGUUCAGUGAUGAUUCAGCGCGUCAAUGGUUCCCUUGCUGUGUCAAGGGCUCUUGGAGACUUCGAUUACAAGUGCGUGCACGGAAAGGGUCCAACGGAGCAACUAGUCUCACCAGAGCCUGAGGUUUAUGCAAUCGAGAGAACAGACGAAGACCAGUUCAUAAUCCUAGCAUGUGAUGGUAUCUGGGAUGUCAUGGCGAACGAAGAGAUCUGCGAUUUUGUCAAAUCCAGGCUAGAAGUCACUGACGACCUUGAGAAAGUUUGUAACCAGAUUGUCGAUACGUGCUUAUACAAGGGGAGUCGAGACAAUAUGAGUGUCAUAUUGAUUUGCUUUCCAAAUGCGCCAAAAGUAUCCCCUGAAGCGGUGAAGAGAGAGGCUGACCUGGACAAAUAUUUGGAGAACAAAGUGGAAGAGAUCUUUGAGCAGCAGGUUGCUGAAGGAGUACCAGAUCUAAUCCACGUGAUGCGUACGUUGGCUUCGGAAAGCAUCCCAAACCUUCCACCUGGAGGUGAACUGGCGAGCAAACGGAAUGUUAUUGAAGCAGUUUACAGCCGACUGAAUCCCUAUAGGACUGAUACGGAUCAUCCAUCCUCAGAUGAAGUAUGGUAGCUGACGACUGGGAGAUUUGCAUAAACCCACGACCAGGAACAUCAAAAAUCAUCCGUGAAUCAUGAAUCUGCAAAGCGUGAUUCGAUUUUGCAAAGGGAAUUGAAACAGGGUGAGGAAAACAAUACCAAAAUCCAGUAACCAGCGGUGAUUGACCCAGGACACGAUUUAUUUACAGCAUUCAAUAAUACAGAAGAGCAAUCAUUUCCACUACAAAUUGGGCAUUGUUUGUGUGAUUUUAAUUUUGCUGACUUAAAAGUGCAAUUUUGUUUAGUUUUUUUUUCUGCCUGCAUUUAAUGGAACUUGACCUUCAGAUGAGCAUAGUGUAUGGAAAACAAAUACCCUGAUGUCCUCUUUUGGCACAGAAGCAACCAUUAAGCAAUUUGAUUUGUCAAAUGAAAAAAAAACUCUUAUCCAAAGAAUUUUUUGUUGCUUUUUUUUUAAAUGAAUUGACUGAGGUACUUUUCAAGUUGUUUCCCCAAUUUCAGAAAAGAAUGGUUGGAAAAAUGAUUCAGUUGUAAUUGUUUUCAUUUUCAUUUGAGGCUUUGAGUUUGCUGAAUGAAUGCUUACACUUUCAAAUAGAUUCAUGCAUCAGACUUGACUUGUAACCUAUAUAUUUCUACAGCCUUAUCAAAAGAUGGCUUUACACUACUGUGGUUUAUUGUAUAAUGCCAUGUGCCUGCGUUUGAAACAUCUAUUUGAGAUGUGUUAUGUCAUCUUACACCAAGAACGAGUUACUAUUUUUUCACAAGAUUUUCUUUACCAUUUUUCACCUCCCGAUCUUUAAAUUUUACUCUGUUUUUCCUGCAAACCGUAAACAUCAUCCAACUGCCCUUCUAUCUAUGUAAGGGGAGAAUACCGAAUCACAGAUAUUGUUUGAGGCAGACAUUGGUUCUAUUGAGACGUCUCAACGACGUGAUAAGGCACUAAAUCAAAUGCAAGGAUUAUUAUUAUUACUACUAUUCAUUGACUGGAUGUGUACUAACUCCAGUGGCAAAGGUAAUUUAGUCAGGAGUUUUUCUCUUACCCUGUCAAAAAGACAUUCUACUUAACAAGCUUAACAAGCUAAUUUGUGGCUGUACAUUGAAGCCACAAUCCAGUGAACACAAAGUAUAGCUGUCAGCAUUAUUGCUAUGCUAAUGGACCACCAGAACUGUAUUUUCUCCAUUGAUGACAAAUUUAUUCAGUAAAAAAAAACUUGUAUGCUACCUAUUAUGAAUGAGACCUUUUAAUUUACGCUUUCUACUGUAUAUAGGUAGUGUAUUUUGCCAAUUACAGGGCUCAUAUUAUGCUACCAAUAAGUUAAUUCUCCAGGACUGAAAGAUUAUUACACAUCAUCAAUGCCUUUUUAAUUCAUCUUAAUUUGAUAUUUGACAAUCCAUGGCAUUAUAUAAUAGCAAUAAUUUGUUAAAGGAUAAAUUAUGCAUUUCAGGGUUAACUUAGGCUAGCCUUGUGUCAAAAAUAGUCCCAAUAUGCCAGACCACUUCAUCCAAUAUUACUUAAAUGUCUGGUUAUAUUUAAUGCUUUGUAAUUUAAAAUAUUUGGAAACCAGAAUAAUUUCUUAGUGUACUGAAUCUGUCAGCAACUAUUUUCCAACCGUCGUAAACAAAAAAUUUACUGAGGUCUAUUUCAGGGUGGGAAGGUUUUUAUUUAAAAUAUAUUAUCCUGAGGACCUGCAGCUAGAUGGUACAAAUUGUCUAGUGGUAGGUCUGCAGGUUCAAUGGGCUUAAAUACAUGGAAAGGAAUUGGUUUUGACACUGGAUCAGGUUUCCAUAUACCACUGUGAACAGACAGUUCAAUAUAUAAAGUGACUGUAUCAAAUGAGCUUCCAGCUGUAUUUAUGUUCUGAUCUACCAAUUGUAGACUUUGACAGUGGAUUUUAUCUUAGUUUCACCAUUGUAAGGAGUUUGCUUUAGUCACCAUGGUAAAAGUGACGUAAAGAGCUUGAGCAAAAUGGAAAUCUAGUGAUUGUAAAAUGGGUGCUUUAUUCUAUCGGUAACUACUUUUGGUGCAAUGCUAUCUGAUCAUAAGGGAUCAACCGGACAAUUUGGGAGGGAGGGCAGUUUUAUUUUACCAUAAAUUUCUCAACUUAACUGCAAUGAAGGAUGAGCAGAAUAUUUGGAUUUGAUACGGUGUCUUGAUCUUUAUUCCCCUAAACCAAUAAACACAUUUUUCCUGAAAUACUGUUGCUUCACUUCACAGUAUUUUAUCUUGUAUAAAUGUAAAAAUUUGUUAGCAUCUUUAGAACACCAUUCUUUUCUAAACAGCGUCUUUUUUAAAUCUGCCCCUUUCUCUCUUCGCUCCCAUUCUUCGCCCCCAUUCCCCACCACUCCCCUAACCCUCACCCUCUCCUCAUAUCAGCAAAAUUCAUUUCCUCUCUUGUAUGGAGGGAAGGGUGGUUUAUGUUGCCUUGUUGGCAGACAUCUAUAUCAGAAUGUACUUCUGAGGAGAACACAUCUGGGAAUCUUUUUCCCCUCCCUUCCUUUCAGUUACUCGAAGUUUACUCAUAACUGAAGUCAGUGGCGAGUUUAGCCAAGACUAAGCAUUAUAACAUUGAACUUAGCCCUUUGGAUUCCAUUUUACCACUAGAACGAGAGUAUAUCAAGAAAUGAGAUUCAGUUAAAAUGCUGUAAUACACAGAUAAUGUUCCAGUGUAGUAAAAGUGAUUCCCGACCCAUCUGAGACAUUUGUGAAAUUACUGCAGUCUAAAUUUUUUGUUUCUUUACAAAAAAAGACAAUUACAAAAUUAAUCUAGGAGAUCAAUCUAUCAACUUUUAAUUAUAAAUAUGAACUUCUCAAUAGUUAUAGAACUUCUCGAUAUGUUUUUAAGCCAAGGGUGAAUUUUGCUGUACUUGAUGUGUGUUACUUGUAGUACAAAAAACCGCUUACAAGUCGGGGAACUUUAAAGGAUCAUUAUUCAUUUAUGGUGGAUUUUCUAAUUGAAAGAAUUUGAAAAGAAUAUUUCUCAUAGAUUAAAAUCAAAAUAAGAAAUGUAUUUUUUAAGUAUCUGAACCUUUUUAAAAUCUGACUUGCAUCACAUUGUCACUGGCAGCCAGAACUGUGAUUUAAUAAAUUCUUGCACAGUUGAGGCUGAGUUAAUAACCUUUGUUGAGUUCAACACACAAGUGGAGCUAUGUAUUGCAUCACCUCAUUUUAUUAUUUAAACUACAAAAUAUGUUUUGAACUAAAACAUUUUAAGAAGCUUUCGCUACCUGGAAAAUCGGUUGAAAUUGCUUUGCGGUGCUACUUUUUUCAUUCAAGGUUAGUCUGCGUACCUGUGGAAUUAUCAAUUGAUUUCUCUGCAUAAGUGUUAUUAAACGUGUUAUCGAGUCUCUUUUUGGGUGGGAGGUGGGGAGAUCAAUGGUUACUGAUUUUUAAAAAGGGGAUUGUCAAUUCAGAACUUUGCUCAUCCUUUACUUUGGGGGUUUUAAACUGCUGCAGAUGCAUUUUGAAGCCGGAUGUGUUUUGUUGUCUUUUGGGCAAAAUGAGUGGCAGUCGAGUUUGCCUACCGUUGUAUAAUAAAUGUCAAACAAGUGAACUUUCCCACCCUACUGUUGCUUACAUUGUGUUGUCAAAAAAUGUAACCGUAAUCACACCAGUUUGCCUUACUACAUUUCUAGGAUAGUGUCUGUCCCAGCACAUUGUAAAAGAAGGGAUUAUAUCUGUUUGACUUAAGUCUAAAACUUGCCGUGCCUGUCUUUUGAAGAAAGCCUCAUGAAUUGCCAUAAAUAUUCAUCCUCUGUCGGUAUAUUAUUUGUUCGUUCUGUCCAUUAUCAGGAAGCAUUUAUGUACCGCUUGACUUUUUUUUUCUAUACAUGUUUUUUUUGAUUCUGGAUCCAACGAUAAAGGCAUGGGAAAAAAUAUUUUGAUGACUGUUUACUUUAGCAUAGGAAACAGUUGCAUUAUCAUUGAAAAAUAAUUUAAUUUUUUUUAUUGUCAGUUUAUCACACACUAGAACACAUUUAUUGACAUGUAGAUUGUGUAACAAUACUUGCUAAAUUAUUGUUCACAGCAAUUAAACUGCUAUUGGAAGUCCAGAUUAAGACCGUGUGUUUACAAGACUUGUUAAUUGUAUAUUUUGUAUUAUGUACUGAUCCCAACUCCAAAGGAAAUAAUGUGUUAAUUUAGUUGCUAACUGUGAGAUUGUACUAUUUGUUUGGAGUCAACUGAACAAAUUGCAUAUGCCUGUGAACUGUUAUGCUUGCAGAUUGUGUUGGAGGAUGAACGUUUGAAAUACAUUUAUGGUUUGAAGAACGGUGCCAUUAAUUAAAAUGUCAGGCAAUUGCAUUACAUUUUUUAUGUGCUCAUUUACUAGAGUUGAGUUCAAAACAAUAUAAGUCAGUUGACGAGAAAUGUUAUGAUUUACAAUUUGUAUGGACUGCUUUUAACAUUUGGACUGCCAACCGAUCCAUGAGACAACUGUCGUAAGGUUUUCUUUUCAGCUCCCACAUUUUGAUGCUGAACGAAACACUAACAUCACAGUAAUAAAACGACUCAAAUGUCAGGUCUGGCUUUGUUGCUAUAACACACCCUAAAUAAACAUCUAAAAUAUAAUUUUAAUUAAA